AUGAGUGCGCCCAUCCAUGAUAUCUCAGGCAAUUGGAUUGUCGGCUCUUACCAAGGUGGCAGCGAUGUCGUGCGAAUCGCCAUCGCCACGUUCGUCGCCGUCGCCUGGUACAAUGUGAUCGAGCUGGUGGUCUUGGUGUUCAUCACUUUCAAGCGCUAUCAAGGACCAUAUUUCUGGAGCAUGCUCAUCUCGUCGAUCGGCAUCCUUCCUUACUCGGUGGGCUAUCUGAUCAAAUUCUUCGGUCUCACCUCCGCGAUCUGGGUCCCCGUCACACUACUCACGAUCGGUUGGUGGACGAUGGUGACCGGCCAGUCCUUUGUGCUCUACUCCCGCCUGCACUUGGUUCAAGAGAAUAAACGCAUUCUACACAUGGUCAAGGGCAUGAUCAUUGCCAAUGUUUUUCUGCUCCACGUUCCGACAACGGUUCUCACCUUUGCCGCUAAUCUUCUCCAAACCCCCACCGCCGUUGCGGGGUACAAAGUCAUGGAAAAAAUUCAACUCACCGGCUUCUGCGUACAGGAGGUGAUCAUCUCCAGUUUUUACAUGUGGAAGACCAAUCGCAUGCUCCGCGACAAUUCCGAUCCCGGCAGCCGUAAGACGGUGUUGCAGUUACUCGCCGUCAAUGUUUCCUGUAUCAUGAUGGACAUUGCGUUGAUGGUCAUCGAAUUCAACAAUCUGUACCUGUACCAGACUACGCUGAAAGCGACGCUGUACAGUGUGAAAUUGAAGUUGGAGAUUGCCGUCCUCGGCAAACUGGUCAAGAUUGCGCAUCAAAAUGUGUAUGGGGGCCACGCGCAGUUCCCUUCAUAUGUGGAUCCGACUUUGCAAGAGGGGGAUUACAGACACCCGGGGUCUUUCGGCACGAGCGAAGGCUUCAAGACUCGAGGAGGACCAUCGCACACCAUCGUUUGUGAUGAGGAAAUACGCUGA